AUUUUCCUGAAUACCUUAAAACUAUUGGUAUGGAACAAUAUGCGCCCCUGUUUGCAGGAAAGAAUUGGAAAGAAAUUAUUGAUAUGGAUCAUAAAGAUUUGAAAGCUUUAAAGAUCGAAUCUGUCAGUCACAGAAUAGACAUGGUUAAAAAAUUCUGGGUCAUGAGGCGUAAAAUCUAUCAUACGAAAAGGGUUAAUAAAUGUGUAUUGAUUCCUUCUAAAAAAAGAACAAAAAUCCCUGACGUCAUUUCCGAUUUUGAAGAUCCAAAGGAAGAUCUAAAGGAAGAUCCAAAAGAAGAUCUAAAGGAAGAUCCAAAGGAAGAUCCAAAAGAAGAAGUUGUUCAAUUAAAUGA